AUGAAGGCGGAAGACCUGAUUCCCCCAUCAGAAGAGGCCAAGUUCCUCAAUUAUCCCAACAAUGACAGGUGGACGCACCUCAAACCCGUGAUAGUCCCAUUGUACAUCGACUGCCGCGAUGCAUCUGGAAAGGCUAUGACAUACUCCAAGGUUGCAGCCUUCAUGAAGCACCACUACAACUUCCAUGCUGCAGAGUCCCAGUACAAGCGCUGGUUCACAGAAUGGGGCAUACGAAAGCGCACCCAUGGGACAGAGAAACGCGACAUCGUAUCAGUACUUGGCAAAAGGCAACGACCUGGACAGAGCACUUCCAACGUUACCCUUCAGCAAGGAAAUUCCGAUAAGCAUAUCGACAAGAAACAACUUGUAAGGUAUCUCAAAAGCGAAAUACAAGGCUACAAUAACUGCAAGGUUGCACCAGGAGUAUUAUUAUCGUGGAGUUUGCCCUAUGCAGCAUGGACCAAUACAUUUGAACAACAACCUGAUCAGCCGUCUCCUUUCGGCACAAGUGUGGGAACACCAAAUUACAUAAGCAUUGAAAGCCCAGCUGCGAUAAGUCCUGGUAUGGAAAUAGUCCCGGCGUCCCCCGCGAUGCAGCUGGUAGAAAGGGAGAGAGCCCAGUAUCGAUCAACUAUGUUGCUUCAAGGUCAAUUCGACGCGCUCCUUACUUCCUUGGGACGGGAUAACCGCAUGGUUGUUCACAACAUCUUCCACGACUUUUAUAUUCAUUCCUUCGUGACAGCCAAAUAUUGGGGAAAAGGACCUCUGAUCUGGUCCCCUGAGAUGAUCAGUGGUCUAAUAGGCAUUGAGAUGAGCCAGCCUGCUCAGAGCAUAAGUAACUCAGCCUACCCGCCAGUCAGUAUUAUGACUGGAACGGGAAUUAAAUCACCCACCAACCUUUGUAAAUGGGCAAUUCAUGCGGAGCAGCAUGAAUAUGAACCUAUCCAGGAAGUGUCAAACGAAGACGAACUGUUUGACAUCCGAAAUCCCGAGUCUUGGGCAGAGUGGCCUAACGAACAACUGUCAAGCCUGUCGUUUGCCAAUUCGAUGCAGAAAUCACUUGAAAAUCACGCAUUUUCACACACUACUGUCGAAGAUUUACCAAUUUCGAUGAAUAUGAUUGCUUCCUCCGUCUCACAGGAUCCUCGUUGCUUGGAUAUUGAUGCCUGGAAGCUUGCUAUCAUCGCAGGUAAUAGAGAUUUACUUGAAUCUCUUUGUCGCCAGACCAAUAGGGCAGCCCGAAGAGAUAUUGGAAGUAUUUAUCCGUUUCACCUUGCAAUUGCAUUUUUGGAUGGUGCCAAGUCAUGCUGUGGUGUGUUUGAAGACCUCCUGGCAACGGUGUCCACACGGAAUUGCCGUGUUGACAACUUCGGGCAUACCAUCUUCGAUUCUCUAAUGAUAUCCAUCCUUAGUUCGCAUACUGAUCUCCAUCCUCAGGAGGUCAGCUUUGGAUUCCGAGAGAUGAAGAUGACUAGAUUCCCGGGAGAAGAGAAAGACAUAUGUGGCCGCUGGGAUACCGAUUCACCAAUAAUUCGACGACUCUUUGAGGAUGGCAAAGCCCGAAUCCCGACCCAGUGGAAGCACCCGUUUUGCCAUACUUCAGUGCAGGCGGUUUGCCACGUACUCAGUGGCUGGGCAGUACAAUGGGGCGUCGAGUCGGGCGGGUUAUUUGCUCGCUAUUGCAGCAAUUGUGGCUUGGAUCUUACGUUGGGCCCCUUCCAUACGCUCAUUAUUGUCGCAGCUAGUUUAGCACGCAACGGUAUGCCUGGAGAAACAUUAUUUGGAGCUAUCGCGGUACUCACUUGCCUAUUGAAGAUGGGGAAGAACGCACGCGUGCUGGAAAAGUUUGUCGUGUCUGUGGAAGAUUUGUACGGGAGUGCGGAGCCCGGACGAUGUUACCAUAAAGCUAUGGAUGCCUUUGAGUUUAUACAGACAGUCCCCGAGGGCAUUGUCAGGCAGUGGAGCAGUGAAUGUCAAGUCGGGUGGGAAUGCAUGACCCUGAUUCUUCAACUCGCUGCCAAAGCGGAAUCUGCCGAAGUGGAAUCUGCCGAAGUGGAAUCUGCCGAAGUAGAAUCUGCCGAGGUGGAAUCUGAUGAAGGAGAUGAAGCGAAUAUUUGCGGGAAAUGCAGGCUUUACGGCAGCCAUUGCGAAGAGCCUAAGCUGGGUCUUGUUUGGGCCACAAUACAGACCGAGCUCCUCACGUAUCGAAGGCUUGAUGAAGCAAUGCCUUGGAUUUCGGCACACUUUUCCAUGCAAUCUCUUAAGAUAUUCCUCAAGAGUGAUCGACAAAGAUUCGAUACGCCUCUUGUGAAAGCUGCCAUGAUGAAACCGCAUUCAGAAUGUGGCUGGUUCGGGGAUCCUAUCAUACCUAUUGCUGACGAUGUGUGCAAUCACUUCUUCAUGAAUAUGGAAGAUCAUUCUAGAUCUUCAUUUUUGCCACGACAGAAGAUUUGA